GAGGAGAGCAGGAGGUUUUUCUUUCUGAGCUGGCUGCUGUUUAUUUCAGAAAAGUUGUGGCGCGGAUACGUUCACUGUUGCGGGAAAUAUUGCGGUGCGGGCUGCGCGUGAACAACAUCUUGCUUAAGGCCAGAGUGCAGGACAGGAGGCUGAGAGAGGAGCGAGGUCCUGGGAUGAGAGCUCUCUGCCAUUCCCCUCUCUCCCCUAGACCUCCAGGAGGAGAACGCUGGGCGACACUCUGAGAGUGUGUGGUGUGUCUGAGGCCGUCAGGGUGCCAUGGCUCUGGUUCAGGCACUACCUGUGACCGUGACUGACCACCCCAAUCCAGGUCUCGACGUCCAGCAGUGCCGGCCGCUGUUAUCCCACUCCCCCUCAGGCCCCUGCCCUGGCCCCUGUGGGCCCUGCAGCUCCGGGCCAGCCAUGGGUUCUGUUAGCAGUCUCAUAUCAGGCCGGACGUACCAGGAGAGACACUGCCGGACCGCCAGCGAAUUCACCACAAAGUCACGGCGCUCAACGCCAGCUACCAGCUGCUUCCGGCUCCAGGAUAACACGCUCCGCAGCGGAAGCUCCCUGGAGCAGCUGCUGGUUAUCAGCAACCAAACGCAUCCCGAGGCCCAGGUUCUGCCUCCUCCGCUGCCCACCAAGAAGCAGCCCCGGCCUGGGAACUCUGCUGGUGCAGGCGGUGGAGCCGUUGCUGGAGCAGAAGGUGGUGGCACUAAUGGAAACUUUGGGUUUGUGAGCGAUGAGGUGGCGGUUGGAGACUGGAACGACAACUUGGUGCUGGCAGCUACAAGCCCAUGCAGUGACUCCGAGGACCAAAGGGACAACAGGACUCUGAACGGCAACAUUGGAGGGCCUCCUCCAAAACUCAUCCCAGUGUCCGGACAGUUAGAGAAGAACAUGGAGAAAGUGCUGAUCCGUCCUACAGCGUUCAAACCUGUCGUUCCCAAGAAUCGUCACUCUGUGCAGUACUUGUCACCACGGCCAGGGGGCAGCAGUCUGUCAGAGAGCCAGGCCAGCCUCAACCUCCUGCUGCCUCUUGGAGGAUCCAACAGCGCCAGCGGCACGACCGGCGUCGGAGGGAGCAGCAGUUCCAGCUCUGAAGGGAAACGCAACUCCUACAGCGGAGGCCGCAACGCACGGAGCAGCCAGUCCUGCUCCAUGUCAGAUUCAGGGAGGAACUCCCUCUCCAGCCUCCCUACUCACAGCAGCACAGGCUACAGUCUGGCCCCCAGUGAGGGCUCCAGCUCCGGGUCUGGCUCCGGGGGCCAGUUGGAGCCAGUGGCAGGUCUGGGCCGAAACACUUCAGGUGGAAGUGGGAGCCACGGCCACACUAACUCAGACAGUGGACGUUCCUCAUCAAGCAAGAGCACAGGCUCAGGGUCGCUAAGUGGGCGCGGGCAGCCCCUGUCGGACAGCGGGUCCUGUGGCCACACGCCGCCGCCCGUGGAGGGCUAUGAGGCGGUGGUGAGGGAGCUGGAGGAGAAGCUGAGGGAACGAGACCUGGAGCUGCAGCAGCUCCGGGAAAAUCUGGAUGAGAAUGAAGCUGCCAUCUGCCAGGUGUAUGAGGAGAAGCAGCGUCGCUGUGAAAGGGAGAUGGAGGAGCUGAGACAGAACUGUGCAGCGAAGAUGAAGCAAGCUUCUCAGAAGGCCCAGAGGGCACAGCAGGUGCUACAGCUACAGGUUUUUCAACUACAGCAAGAGAAAAAGAAGCUGCAGGAGGACUUCUCCUCCCUGCUGCAGGACAGGGAGACGCUGGAAAGGAGGUGUGCCACCAUCCAGAGGGAGCAGACCCAGCUAGGACCACGUCUGGAGGAGACAAAGUGGGAGGUGUGUCAGAAGUCAGGAGAGAUCUCCCUCCUGAAGCAGCAGCUGAAGGAGAUCCAGUCGGAGCUCAGCCAGAAGGCCGGAGACAUCGUGGUGCUGAAGGCCCAGCUGAGAGAAGCCCGUUCUGAACUGCAGGCCAGCCAGGCUCGAUCCCAGGAGGCCCAGGCGGCCCUGCGGACGCGAUCUCUGGAGCUGGAGGUCUGUGAGAAUGAGCUGCAGAGGCGCAAGAGUGAAGCCGAGCUGCUGCGGGAGAAACUGGGCCGAGUGGAAGAGGAGUCAGCCCGCCUCCGUGACGCUCUGUCCAAUCACAGCGGGCUCUCUCUACCCGGAAAUUCAACCAUGAAGGGGCAAUGCAUGAGCCUCUCCCACCAACAGGGGAGAGGUGCGGGAGGAAGAGGGGGUCCCAGUCCCUGCGUGUACCGCGAUGGAGAGGAGACUCAUCUGGUCUGGGGAGGAGAGAGCGAUGAAGCCAAGGCACAGAGGCAGAAUGCAGAAACGGUGUUGGGACUCAGACAGCAGGUGGACAGGCUGAAGGCUGAACUCAUGUACGAGAGGAGGACGAGUGAGGAGCAUCUUUCACGGUUUGAGAAUGAGAGGAGGGUGUGGCAGGAGGAGAAGGAAAAGGUAAUUCGCUACCAGAAACAGCUGCAGCAGAACUACAUCCAGAUGUACCGUCGAAACCGGGAUCUUGAGCGAGUGAUGAGGGAGCUGAGUCUGGAGCUGGAGAACAGGGACAUGGAGGACUAUGAGGUCCACAGUGGCAGCAACGACAUCCACUUUGAGGAAAUCACCGCCACUGAGAUCUAAAUACAAAAAAAACAACAACAAAAAACCCCACUCACACACUUACAGUAAUAUGUGCACAAAAACACAACUCACAACAAACUCUGAGGAUGUAAACCGAACUCUGAAUAUUUCAUUGAAGUGAAAUAUCUUCAACACGGCUUUGCCUGGACCACUGAGCGAGCACUCACCACUUGUCACAAAGGUGCGUUCUUACUUUCUGCUAACGGACGUGCACUCCAAUAAAUCCUUAUAAGGCGUCCUCCCCGGUGCUUUUAAUGGGUUUUAUUCCACUACAAAGCCAGCACAAAGAUCUCUUUCCCUCCAUGGGAGCAAAAGCAGUGAAAAAGGUGUUUCUUUCACAGACCACGUUCGAAUCAGGGUAUCGAAAGUCGACGGGAACUUAAAGCAAAAAAAAAUGUCACCACAUGCACAGCAGUCCGGUCAAAGCGCAGUCACGCCUUUCUUUGCAGCACACAAGGUUAAACACCCGGCCACCAGCACGCAUGUAAUGAUGCAUCACGACGGCAGUCCCAUCGGCACCGCCUCUGCUGGCCGUUAGCGAUGACCGUCCAAACUGUGCUCAGCGGCGACACAAGGACCAACCGCCGCGCUCGUCCUCCAAGUAACUGCUGAAGGGAAAACACAGCAUGUUGCAACGUCUGCAGUUUUUAUAUUUUAUGGUGUUCGGAGGAUCAGCAGCGUGUUUCAUUCUACAGAUUAUAAAAGGAUAAGAAGUAUUUCCUCAGCAGCGUUUUUGAAAGAGAAUGUAUUGUGACUGUUAUCACUCCAGAGAAAUGCAGUAGAAAUGGUCAAUGAAACAAUCUGCUCAUCGAGGGAAACAUGGUGUCGUUUUGCACAACUCCUCCUGCUCUCUUUUGUUCAGGACACAACUGUCUUCCUCACGAAGCAAAUCACCAAACCUAAACCAACCAGUUUCGACUUUUGUUUCUUGGUUUGCUUACUUGUGGACUCCCCAUUCUCUCAUUUCCCAAAUCGCAGAGGACACAGAAACCAAACUUGGGAAGGAAAUGCUUUAUUUGAAUGCUGCUCGUGUUUUGGGGACCACCAACAGUCAUGCUGUUGAGCUCGACCAGUGUUUCAGCUCAUUUAAACAAUGCAGCAAGCUCUGACAUGAACAUUUGCAUUUUACAAUUAUGUAGCACUAGGAGGCAGAGUGUAGCAUGGGAGAUUUCACCAGGAUGCUGCUGAUUCUCCUCUUUAUCUGUCUUUUUCUGCCUUUGUCUCUAUGUCUGCUCUCUCUCUUUCCAUCUCUAUUUCUGCCUCUUACUCAGCUAUUUUUGUAACAGUGAAAAGCACCUCAGCAGUCAGUAUCAGGAAACUAAAAAUGGAGCAUAUUCUUUCAGUAUGGGUGCGACAUCGCUAAGAGAUUUCAGCCGGUGUUUGAACUGUAGGCAUGCUUAUUCAGAGUUUCUGUUUAUUCCCUUUCGUUCCCAUUAGUGCUCUUUAUUUAGCUUUUGGCAGCCCAAAGCCAAAUAACACUCUUUAAGUCUUCCUAGUUCCCCUAGACUAUAAUCUUCACUGACCCUCUAUACAGGUAAUGAGACUGGCAUGUGUGCAUGUCUUUGUUAUAUCAGAUUUCAGAAGAAAGCCUGUUCAGAUAGCGCUGAGAUGAGAAUUUGCAGAUGCGGUAGCUCCAGCACUGAAUGUCCUCAAGGCAGGUCGGCCGUUAAAGCCCUAAAUAUAAACCGCUGAGGAGCAUGUGAGCAUUUGAAGCUGUGGGUUGCUCUGUUUUCUCACAGUAUAUGCAGGGCUGUGUGUAGCACUGAGCAUGGCAGGUCUCUAUGAAAAAAUGGAGUUGGCUGAGAACUUUUAUUUUACAAAGAGUCUAUAUCAAGGAAUAAUAGCUAAAAGGAAAUCUAUAUAAUGGAGGAGAUGUUGUAUAUUUUUUUAUAUAUAGCACCUGAAGAUAUUUUGUUGUAGUACUGGUAUAAGUGUGGGUUUAAUAUACAAAAUAUAAAGACUUCUAUAUAUAUAUAUAUCUAUCACAUACCAAUAAUUCAAAUGAUGGAUCAGUUAUAAAUGGAGGCGGCAGCAUAGAAAGAGUGCACCUAAUACUGUAAUGCAUGAAAAUAUGUUUACAUUAUGUAACCUGUGUGACACAAACAUACACUCUAAUGACCAAACUUUGCAGCUGAUAAAACCGUUGGGAGCUUUUAUUUUGGGCUCAGUUUUGACCUGCUGUCUCUCCAUUUUGCCUGAUCUCUGAUUUGAUCGUCAGCAUCAUAAUAUCACACCGGUUCAUGUCUCCAUCGUUGGGUUUUGUGCACGUCAUUGUUUCAUAAAUGCAUCAGACGGGCCACUUUGACCGUCAAGUUCGGAGCGGCCGCGAACCAGGAAAGCGUUCUGUCACCUACGCUUGGAAAUUCAGUCGAAAAUGUGAUCAGUAUAUUGGAUCAGUCUACAUUUUGCAUGGCGUCACCGCGUUCGGCUGUGGUUUGAGAGGUCAUGUAGAAUAAAAAGUCUGCACCGUGCGUAACAUAAAGCCAUGGGAAGCGACUUUGAAAGGAAGAAGUUGGGUUUGUCCAACCGUAUUCAAUUUUUUGACCAGACCAAGACUGUUAUUUACUCACCACGGAUGCAGCACAGGUACAGAUUAGCAACAAACUGACUCCCUCACUGAAAAGUACAUGUGUGCAUCCCAGACAUCGGUCUCCUCCUCAUAUCUCAGCUGUCUUCAUCCCCAUAACCGUUUUCUGUGUAAAUAUGUAAAACACUAAAUAGUAUAACAGAGUGACAUUGUCUUUUAUUUAGACAAAAUAUCUAUUUCAAAUGUAGCCACUGUGACUAGACCAAAGCAACGUAACACAUUUCUUUUUUGUGGCAUUUUUCUCAUCCCUUUGUGUGCAUUUUUUUUCAUGUUUACUUACGUUGUCUCUUCAGUAAUUCAUAAAGUAUGUAGUUGUCCAUGUAUAUUUUUAUGUGUACAUUUCUUGUACAAAUGACUGUUUUUAAUUAAAGAACAAGUUGU